AUGGAUAAAGGCAAAAAGGGCAAACUUCUCUUUGCACAUUUGAACAAAAGGCCAUAUAUCAGCAAGGCAGAGGAAAUUACCAAGGCAAGAAGCUGCACCGUCAAAAAAAACAAACUCAAAAAUAUAUACGUAGAUUUUUCCCUGAAUAAAUAUAUCAACAUAAAUAGCCUUAACGUAACAAAAUUUAUUAAAACGCCAAUACAUUACCAGACGUUUAGAGAGCUUGUCGACACGAUAAAGAGCGUCAGCAAUGUGAGGCUGCAAAAUAUUCACUUGGUGAGAAAAAUUGUGAAUUCUAUGGGGGUGUACGUAACGAAUUAUUUAAACAACGUGAGUCAAUUGAGUCAGUUGAGCCAUUCAAACCAUUUGAGCCAUUUGAACCACUUGAGUAGUUUAAGCCCGUCGAAUGGAGGAGUCCACUGUGAAGACAGCUUUUACGACAUGGAUAAUUGUGACGAGGACGAAAAUGCGAUAACUCCAAAUAGCAUCAUUACUGUUCUGAUUAGUCUGUACAAGCUAAAGUAUCGAAACGAGAAAUUUUUGCAAUUGCUGGAAAGGCUUAUAUUUGUGAAGAAGGACAAGUUUAAAUUUUCCCAGCUAAAUUUAACCCUCUACAUUUAUGCCUAUUUCAACAGAGUAAAUAAAACAUUCAUAAAUUGCUUACUAAUAAAUAUUUUGGACAAUGAAAAGAUGCUAAAUGCAGAUAACAUUUUGAGCAUUUUCACGUCCCUAUUUUAUUUAAACUGUAAGAAUGAGAAGACGUUAGAUCGUUUGGCAAAUUAUAUCAUUUCCAAUCAUCUACAUUUCGAUAUCAAUGUUAUCAUUUUUCUUUUGAACAAUUUGAGGAAGCUGAACUAUUCGAAUACUUCUCUUAUGGAGUAUUUCCACGAUCAGAUUGUCCUCAAAUUGGGCUUCCUUCCUCCAGGAGGGGUAGAAAGGGGGAAAAAGUGUGUUGACCCGUUUUUUUUAAAGAGAAAGAUUCAGCACAUUAUUGAUGAGGAGAAUCUCCAACAGAGGGAUUACUCACCUGGUGCAUGCAUCUGGGGUGACGCAAAAGAGGGGAACCCUCACCUUAUGUCACAUGUGAAGGAUGAAAAAAGGGGAGAAGUCACAUCGAGUUACUACCCCCCCAUGACCGACAUAGAUCUAAGUUACAACCUGUGUGCAGAAGACAUAAACAGUACCUACGGAUCAGUACACAAUAAAUACAUUGUGGAAAAUAAUUACGUAGAUUAUAUUUACGAGUAUUAUAAUGAGAAGGAUCUAGAAGAGAUAAGUAUGAGCAAAUUGGAUAUCCUCAUGGAGGUACUCAUAUACAAUAAAUACUUCAAGCAAGACAUGCUAACCGUUUUGUAUGAAUAUCUGCUGAACAACUUAAAAAUUUUUAUGAGUCAAAAUGAUAGUGACAUGUGUCGUAUUUUAUCCAAUUUGUAUUAUUUUCAAAUAAAUAACUUCCCGAACGUUCUUUUGCUAAAUAAAAAAAUACUGUUAAGUAUGUGUCACUAUUAUGUACCUUUUUAUAAACGAACUAACAUAAUGAUUUUUCUGUACAUAAAAUUACUGCUAGAGAAGCACAACUAUUUUGACGUGUUUAUCGAUACCAUAUUACAGAAAAAGAUACAAACGGAUUUGCUAACUUUGGAAGGGAAACAAUUCUUAAAUCUACUCAAUGAGUACAAAAAUUAUAGUGUAAGCAAAUACCUUUGCGACAUUUCUUUGGUGUACUUUGACUUCUUUACUGUGAAGUACUCACCUCAUGAGUUAGAAGAAGUGGGGAACGCAUUAGACAAAUUCCAAGAGGAACCCCACCAUGGAUCUUACCCCCAAGUGAUCUCCAUCCACAGGGAUGAAAAGAAUAAGAGAUUCAUAACACUAGAGUUUAAUGAAAAAAACAAGCUAAGAUCCUACGACGGGCAAUUUUUAUUACAGCUUUUUUACUUCUACAUCCAAAUGAAGUACUACGAAGGGAUAUUCCUAUUUCUUAAGAGCUUAUUUUCCGGGGUGAGAGAUUUUAAGAAAUUCGACCCAUACGUAUACUACAAAAUUAAUAAUCACUCUGCCGAUUUUGUUGUGGGGAAUCAGAUCCAGGAGGUGCAGAGGGCUGAUCUGUACGUCAGGCUGAAUGCAUUGCAAAUAAUUCACAUGUACGAGUAUUUUAAGAGCGCCUUUGAAUCAAAUGAAGAUUUUAUCACCCAACAAGGUAACGUGAUAAAUGCUAACCAUGAAAAGGCUCUUUAUUACCACUUCUACGCAUCCAAUGGGGAUAAUUCUUUUGAUGGCAGCAUGGGGGAUGUUGCUUCCCCCUUGCCAGUUCAAACGAAACAGUGUAAGCAGCCUUUGCGUUGUGAAAAUAAGACACAAGCCGGUCCAGUCAGCAAAUAUGUAUUUACCGAAUGGAAAGUUAACUACAUUAGUGGCAAUAACCACACUGCUACUUCGAAAUGGGAGUCGAAUCGGACGUUUGGGAAUGUCCUCAAUGGGGAAGGGAACAAUGGGGGGGUCCCAUUGGAGAAGAAAAAAUACAACUCGAAGUUACCAAAAAGUGGAGGAUUAAAAAAUGAACAGGUCAACCAAAACGGAAAUAUCGUCCAAGACGCAACUAUCCACUUUGAGAAAAGCACCUUCCACGUAGACAGUCAUGUUUAUAACAUCCUGAGCAACAUUUUCUUGUACACCCCUGUGGACCUGUUCGCAUUACACAUUCACUACUUUAAUUCGAAGAAUAUCUUUUUUUUGUUGCAGAACAUAAUUUUUAAGUUGAAUUGGCUCAACGUUCAGUACCUCUCCCUUGUAGUUGCAAAGAUUUUUUCCCGAAUUAGUGAAGAAACUUGUCGCGAAACGAAGAAGGAUUAUUUCGUGUAUCUCGAUUUCUUCCAUGAUUACUUAUUGGGGGAGGAAGGAGCUAGUCAAAAGUUCUCCUAUCAGUCGAAGCGGACAAGGGGCACACAAAAUGAUAGUUAUCUAGAUGGGGAGGACAAAAGAAUGCUUAUAAGUAAGAUUCACCAAAAUUGCAUAACCACAUGGAGAGACCAAGAUAAGCUUGUUUUAAGAAAAAAAACAAUUCUUUCCCCUUGUUCCUACUACGACAUGACGAAUGACAGUUUGCUCCUCAUAUUGAAUUCUUUACGAACGAGGAAGAAAAACCCAAAGUACAUGCAGAGCGUGGACAUAAUAACAAACAUAUUUCUGUUUAGGUAUAUUCAGUACAAGUACAGCGAGGAGGCGAAUGAAGACAAUUUGUCCAAAAGGUGUGCAUCUGAAAAGGUGCCUUUUUUGGAUCCCCAAGUGGUAGAUAUGCAGGGGGGGGAAAGGGGGCUAUGCCUGAAUUUGGACUUGGACAUCAAUUCUGACGCAAAUUUGGACUCCAGUUUGGACUCCAAUUUGGACUCCAAUUUGGACUGUAAUUUUUCCCAACGCGAGGCCCACGGAGAGGGAACGCCCUUCCAGCAGAACGAGCAACGUGGACGUAGAACACAUAACAAUGCUGUGCAGAGAAAAGGGGAAAGUCAGCGUUGUGUCAGCGUUACGAGUGCACCGGGGGAUGACACCCAAAAGGGGGCUUCCAAUUCUCCUAGCUCAACGGACGAGGGCAACUUAAAUGGGGAUAAUCAAAUGAUGAAGAAAAAGGAUGCGCUGAGAAGAUACAUACGAAUAUAUUAUGCAAUUGUGAAGGUUCGAUAUUUUCACGAAAUGUCUAUCAAUAAACACAUAUUUCGUGAAUUGUGUGUAAACAGAGAAUAUAUCGAUAAUGCCAUCUUUUUGAACCUGCUUUUUUUUAUAUAUAAAUACAAGUUUGACGAAAUGAGAUACAUCCUCCUGCUGCAGAAAAAAUGUGCCCUGUAUAAGGACUUAUAUUAUACGCAUUCGAAUUGUAGAAUAGUGGAAUUUCUUUGUAAAAAAUUGAAAAUUAAUUUGGACGAUAGCGUCAGGACUACCCCCACGAAGCAGACAUCUUAUGAUUAUGAAAAUGUAUAG